AUGUCGGGAGCAAACGUUGACCCAAAUAGAGUCGAAAAGACUAUCAAAAAUGAAGUUGAAGAAAAAUUUGAAGAUACUCAUCCUUCCAAUGAAGACCCCGAACAAUCAAUAAAGAAGGAAGAAGGAGAAGUUUACAUUUUAGGUCAUGAAAUUGAUUAUCCUGGAUUUGAUAGGAAUGAGCAAAUCACAUUGGAGUUACUAGCAGACACAAUCAACGAUACUAUUAAAUACCAAAUCGAAGACACUACUAGAAACCUUGAAGAUAAUGGACUAGAUAAUGAUUUAAGAAGGGAUGCGUAUAUCAGAAGAAUAAAAGCACUAGAAGCAAUCAAGAUUAAAGUUCUUUCAAAUCCUCAUACUUUAUCAUAUACCGUUGAUAUAAAUGAACCAAUAAAUUCAGAAGCUUAUCAAACUACUAUGAAAUCUAUUGAAGGUGACAUUGAUGAAUUUUUAUUGAAAACUAGCUUUCGUGCUUCAAAAAGUACAAUGUUUAGUGUGUUCGGUGGUCCAGGUUACGAAGAACUACGUAACUAUGAAUUAAUGAAUUCAAUAGAGACGUACCGUGGCUUGUCUUGGAACACAUGA